AUGAAUACGACAAACAAUCAAGUGAUUUCUGUGAAGGUAACACACAACAGACUUGCACUUGCAAGCCUCCCUUCAGUAGAGAAGACUCUUUCAAUCAACCGUACCACUUUUGACAAAGUCAAGUCGAAGGAUGAGUUCACAGAUUUAUUGUCGAAGACUGAUUUGAGUGUUUCUAGUGAGAACAAUUCAUUUAUCAGCUACCUUCGUAAGUCGAAAAAGCGCAAGGAGUAUGUUCCUUUGGAAUCAACAGAAGACUUCAAGUCCUUAUCAAGAAGUUUAAAGGUGAAGAAUCAUGUCAAGUUGAUUAUUAAUGACAAAUCCCCAAUUAUUGAAGGGAACUACAAGAAGAGAAAGACUUCUUCCAUCGACUUCGCAGGCUUAGGUGAUGCAUUACUUGAAGCAGCCUUGGAGCACUUCAAGGAAAUCUUCGCUGAUCUACCUGUCCAUGAGACUCCUUCUUCUGGCGUGGAAAAGAAUUUGAAUAUCGAGAAGGAAAUUACUCAAACAAAGGUAUCAGGAGAAGACUUGAUUGUGCACGAAAAUGUUGCUUGUGAUUCAUGCAGUAGAAAUGUUUUUAUUCCAAUUAAGGGCAUAAGAUACUGCUGUCUUGUUUGCCCAGAUUUUGAUUUGUGUGAAGCGUGUGCCACUAGGUCUAUAAACAAUAAGCAGGAUAUUGGCGAUCAUAGUUAUUCUCAUCCAGUGGCAAUGCUUCAGAAACAGGACAAGUAUUUUAACCAAAAGAAAUUCAACUUCAGUGGUCAUUUACCUGCUCACGGCGGUCCUUCAAACUUGCCAAGUGGUGAAUCCAAUGUAGUUGUCUAUGAUAUUCCAUUAGAAAACUGCAAUUCUCAAACAAAAGAAAGAUUAGAGAACUUGCUUCAAAGAGAUGGUAUUGAUCCAUUUAUUAGCAAUGUCCUGAAGUAUAUCGAGAACUCUGACAGAUAUGAAGAGUUGUUGUCUUUGUCACAGGUUGGUUCCUCAGUUGAAAAUGAUGAUGAAAUGAAUUUUGUCAUAUUGAAGAGCAUGAUUGACAAAUGUAGGAACGAUAAUACGGAGUCCUGCGUGGGUCCAGUUCAGAUUCUUGAACCUUCGGUGUCUCCUUUCGAAUCAAUUCCAGUAGACUCUGUCCCCAAGGUACUUGUAAAACCAAAGAAAAUAAGUAACCAUGCUCGUGUGAUCUCAUUAAUGCUUACAAACACUUCUGCAGUGACAAUCGAUGGGGGUGACUUCAAGUUUGAAUUUUUCAAUGAUACACAGAAGGAAAUUGUAGUAGUGAAGAAUGCUAGCAGAGUCAAACCUGGACAGCAGAGAUUCUACAACUUGGGUAGAUUAAAUGACAGUUUUGACAAGUUAUCAGGAAUGAAAUUGAGACUUUCAGCGCCAAAUGCAGUUUUAGAGGGUGACUACAAUGAAACGUAUGACUCAGAAUUAUUGUUUGUUAGCAUGACUGGUAGUUUGUUGGAACAACCACUGAACGAGCAUAUUAUUGACAACCUGUACCUUGAUAACAACGACGAGGUCAUUGUCACUGUAGUUCCAAAAUCUAGCUCGACAGCGCAGAUAAUGAUUUCCAAUAAGUCUGAAAAGAUGAUUGAUUGUUCAUAUUUGAAGUUGGAGAUCGUAAACUGUUUCAAUAGAUCAGUUGUAACUGUGAUUGUUCGCAAGAAGCAUGGUAUUAACCCAGGUAAGGUUGGCAAGUUCAAUAUUGGAUUAAUCGAUGCUCAUAUGAAGUACCCGUUCAAACUUGUAAUGAAAAACGACUUUAAUAUCGGCUAUUGUGAUUUGAGUAUCAACAAUUUGAGUGGAAGACUCACCUUCGAGAAAGAGUCCUCUAUUGAAAUUGAUGACCAAGCUGGAUUUGUUUCUGAUGACGAAACUCACACUUCCGGAACAGAGUCAAUUCUUGAAGAUCAAAUUGAGAUGGAAGGGGUAGAUGAUCACAUCAGGAAUGAUGUAGAAGUUAAAAUUACGACACCGCACGAAUCUUUGGAAUCGUCUCUUGUGGGUUCAAUUCACUCGAUUGUAUUACCUUCGUUGCCCAAAGAAGCACUCGUUGAAAGCUCUAAUUCUGAAUACGUUGAUGCUCGUCUGGCUUCCAUUGAGCAUGCUGAUAAAGCACUAACCGAAAACGUGGAGGAUGACUACGAUAUUAUCAGUGUAGAAGGUGAUGCUGAAACUGACUCUGAUUUUGAAUUAUUGUCACCAUCUAUCUCUAACCAAUGA